CAUCCAUCUCCUUCAACGCCAUGUCGCGCUGGGCGAACCCAACGUCGUUCCUCCCCGCCCUCCCGCGGGAUCAGGGGAGUCUGGCGCCGCUCGCUGCCGCCGACCUCAUCGGGUACAUGGAGGUGCUGAAGGAAAUGUACAUGCCGCCAAUCCACGGCGGAUUCACGGCGGCUGACAUCGACUUCGAGACGGACGAAGCAGACAGCAGCAGCGUUGGAGCCAACGACUCUGGGCAGAGGGGUAAGUGGAGGAAGAAGAAGCGCACUCUGUCUGGCGGAAGCAUCGAUCUCCCUGGCCUCGACCUCGAUAUGGAGGGCCUCGGGCUGAACGAGCCAAUCGAUGAAGAGCCGGAAGAAUGGCAUGAUGAGAACACGGACGAUAACGAGGGCGGCUACUCUGAUCCGUUUGAGCGCGAAUGGGCCGAGAAGUGGCUGAACGGCGUCGUGCGUCGCGCCCAGACCUGGCUCGAGGCUAAUGACUACGAGGAGCCUACGCCUGAAGAAGACGCCGCGACUCGCGAGGUUGAGGCAGUCCUUCGCGACGCGACCGCUGUGCUGGCACUCAUGGCGGGCACGUCCGCUGCUGGUGGUCUCACGCGCCACCUCCUAUUCCCACUCGCCCCCGAACUUGCGCCAGGCCUCCGCGCGUUCCGGCCGCUCGACACCGCCGGCCUGUCGCCCGAGACGACGCGCUUCCUCGCGCGCCUGAGCUCUUCCCCAACCGGGGGCCUCGGCCGCUCCCCAGUUCUUGCCAGCUCCCCCCUCGCCCGGUCACCCGGAACAGGCCGGGGGCGGUCCGCGGCCCUCCCUGUCCUCCUGCACGACGCGCCGAUCACCGACCACAUCUCGGUCGGUGUGCAGACCUGGGGCAGCGCGAUCCUCCUCGGAAGAGAGAUGUCACUUCGUCCCACGACAUUCGGCCUUUUCCUCCCACACAGUACGCGCGUCCUGGAGCUGGGCGCGGGCACUGGGCUUCUAUCCAUUCUCUGUCGAAAGCUGCUGGACUUGCGUGCCGCCACGGCCGCAAUGGGCGCGCCCACUCCCGGCCCGAUGGGCACAUCACCGGAGAAACGCGCCAUUCCUGAUCCCGGGCUGGUGGUUGCGACAGACUUCCACCCGGACGUCCUCGCGAACCUGCGGGUCUGUGUGGACUUGAAUGCGACCCCCCGUUUACCAGAAGCGCCACCAGCCGCAGGCAUCGAAAUCGCCAAACUUGACUGGUGCACGUUCCCGGCGUUCAUGGACGCGCGAGCACGACUUAUCGCUCGAGACGCACUACACGAAGGGGUGGAGGGGGAGCAGGAGGAGCUGGUCCGUUGGCUCGACGAGCCGUUCGACUUGGUGAUCGCCUCCGACUGCGUCUACGACCCCACACACGCGGGCAUGAUCCGCCAAGUCGCGAAAUGGGUCGUGCGCCCCCCAGGGCGGGGUGACACGGGGGGUGUUCUCCACCUCCUCUCGCCCAUCCGGCCGACAUUCACGCCCGAGCUCGAGUCAAUUGACGUCGCGUUUCCCCCGCUUCAGUCAUAUCCUCCACUCGCGGAACGCCGGGCGGCGGCUAAGGCUGCCCUGCCAUCCGAUGCGCUGUGCACCAGCGUCCCGGAGGGAAUGCGCGGAGAGGGACUGGGGGCCAAGCACGGGCUGCGUCUCGGCGUGCGAGGCGGCAAGCGGGCGGUGCAGGGCCGCAAGGGCGAAGGGAGGACUGACGAGGCUGGUGGGUACUGGUGGUGGGAGGUUGGGUGGGGGUAGCGGGUUGUCGACGGUAGAGUGGGGUCAAUG